GUAUGCGUUGUACCAAUCAUAAAUCUUCACGCAGCCUUGUUAUUCACAAUGCUGUUUGUUUUUACAUAUAGUAACAUCUUACGAUACACGAUAACAAUCUCUAACACGUAAUUAUUCCUUAUAAAAAACAAAUUUUUCGAGCAACUGCUGCAAAUAUUUUCAACUGUGCACGCAAUGAAAAUUUAUAGAAAACAGUAACUGUAAAGAACAUCGAAUGAUAAUACGUAAUCAUGGAACACGUUUAAUACACGUUACGUAACAUGUACACGGAUGGUUUAGCAUACAAAAUUUGAACAAUCUUAUCUCGAAACUGCGAAACUUUGAAAGUGACUGAGAUUCAAAUAAAGAUAAUUAAGUAAAGAUUUGUACCUAAGUAGAACAAAAUCCGAUCUCGAGUCGUAGAGCGAGGGACGAGCUGAUAUCUCGUUGGUCGACGAGACCGAUUUGCAGGUCCCCUUCGUUAAUAAAUUAGCGAUCGCCGAGUAAUCAGUGUAGCUGGAAACCGGGUAGGACUAAAUAGAGUAGACAAAGGAACUCGGGAUGCUCAUUACUAUAAUUGAAGAGCAGAUAUGCAGUGUUUUGCGCGAGACCAACUGAUUAACACGUAUACUUAUAGGUGCGCGGAACUGUCACGCGAAAAUGUUUUCGUGAACAACGUUUGCUACGCGUCGUAAAAAUUCACAGCGCUUUUCCCAUAACGUCACCAUCCCAUAUAGAACUCGUUGAAAAUGGUUUCAAGCGUUAAUCGACAUUUUUAAUACCUGCGACAUACACACUUUUACAUGCACAUUACCAUUGCCGCGGAACCGUCAAGAUUGCUCACGGAGUACGUUGACAGAUGCAUGUGCACGGAUUUUUCGACGAACACGACAACGCAUCUUGUUACUGAUUGACAAUUAAUUAAUCGCUGUUUCGGAACGGUCGCAGAAAGUAUUAACGACACGAUGCCUAUGCGUAAGUAUAAUUUUUUAAGAAAAGUCGUGAGCGGAUCGAAAGCGAACGUCGAUACCACGCGAACGUCGCCUCGGGUAAUUGUCAUCUGAACUUUUCCACUAACUGUGCAAGAAGAUGAAAGUAACAUUUUCUGUUAAAAUUAUUCGAACUUUUUUCUGUCAAAAAAUGGAUAUGCCUCCUAGUUACAGAUCUGUAAUCAUUUAUAAUGAUUUGAUAUUUUUUUUUUAUCUAUAGCAUUACUAGAAGGAUGGGUGGCUUAUAAUUAGAAAUGACGCUGUAUCGCUUCUUAGAUAUUGUAUCAAAAUCGUCUUAUACGGAUUAGAAAAAUAAGAUUCAAUAUCAUUGGAAACGAAAAAUGUCGCUGAUUCACAGAGUUGGUUUUGUAGGCUGAUAACGUUACGAUAUAAUAGUGGCAUUGUUACACAUUAUCGCUAAUGAUUACUUCCUGUUAUCGGCAGCUUACGUUUCUAAUAUAAAUAACCCGAUUUGCCGAUUAUAUAUUUAUCGGAAUAAUAAAUCUCAUUAAAUACUGAAGUUUUAUAUUUUAUAAAUAAUUAAGACUGUCGAAAAAUGGAAUUGCAGCGAAGCUGCAGUUAUCAUGCCGGGACGUACUGUGGUACCUCGUUUUUUGCGGGUUCGCGAUCAAUUACAUGUUGAGAAUCAACUUGAACCUGACGAUUGUGACAAUGGUGGUGCCUCGGGUGAAGAAAGACUAUGUUUCGGAGUGCAUGACUCGAGAUAUAUACAGUAGUAACGUAACUACACCGAAGUCAGACGAAUAUACCGGCGGUGAUCGAUUUCAUUGGACCGAGUACCAGCAAGGCUUGGCUUUAGGAGCUUUCUACUGGUUUCACUGGCUGACGCAGCUUCCUGGAGGAAUCUUAGCAAGACGCUAUGGGACCAAACUUGUCUACGGCUUAGGGAACUUAAUAACAGCGCUAAUCGGCUUCCUCAUCCCGUGGCUGACGUGGUAUCAUUUCAACGCUCUCGUUGUCCUACGAGUUCUUCAAGGUUUGAUAGCUGGUGUUGUAUGGCCCUCGAUGCAUGAUAUGACAGCCAAAUGGAUCCCUCCGAACGAGCGAAGCAGAUUUGUCAGUGCAUAUUUAGGUAGCUCUGUGGGCGCCGCUAUAACUUACCCACUUUGCGCAACCGUCACCAAUUGGUUCAACUGGGGCGCGGCAUUUCAUGUAACGUCGAUGCUCGGCGUCAUUUGGUCCUGCUUUUGGUACUUCUUGGUAUACAACUCGCCCGAAGAACACCCCCGCAUAUCCGACGAGGAAAAGAAGCACAUCUUGGACAGCAUCGCUACGUCGGUUCAAAAAACCGAAACUAGAAUUCCGUGGAAAUCUAUAUUCACAUCGCGUCCAGUUUGGAUUACGAUCAUAGCUCAAUGGGGCGGUGCAUGGGGUCUUCUCACUUUGAUGACUCAAUCACCGACUUAUUUCACUUUCAUUCACGGAUGGGAUCUCCGGGUGACUGGAAUUCUCUCUGGAGCUCCGCAUAUAUUAAGGGCGAUCUUCUCGGUUUACUAUUCGAAGAUGAGCGACUGGCUCAUACGCACCAAUAAAAUGAGAUUGACGAACGUUAGAAAAAUGGCCACGUGCGUGAGCGUCGGCUUACAAGGAGUCUUCAUUUUGGCUCUGGGUUUCAGCGGGUGCUACCCGAUUCUCGCGGCAUUCUUUUUGAUGAUGGGAACGAUGGUAAACGGCGCGGUUUCCGCGUCCACCUUGGCGGCUUUCGUAGACAUGAGUCCGAAUUACGCCAGUAUUCUCCUCGGGUUCUGCGGGAUGGUAGUGAUAAUCACUGGGUUCAUCUCACCGAUGGUCGUUGGACUCUUGACGGAUAACAAUCAAACCGUGGCACAAUGGCAAUUAGUUUUCAUCAUAGCCGCUCUUAAUACCAUCAGUUGCACCAUCGUUUACGUGAUAUGGGGCUCUUCAGACGAGCAACCGUGGAACAGUUAUGGUAAGUCGAGUCAGGAGAACGAACGAGAAAUGCAAAAAUUGACGGAAACUCCGAAAACGUUAUGACGCGGUAAAACGCGAAAUGCGACGACGCACGUAUUCCUAAGAACCGGGAGAGAUGGUAGAUGAGUAAAAGAGUGGAACAUGAGAAAUGUUGUCUGAUUCUUUUUUUCAUACGGGAGAAAAUUGUGUAAUCGCGUUCACGUCACCCUUCUCGUUAUUUACAGCUGAGAGUGAGCGUCGUUGAAAGAAUUCGAGUUCAAGAAUUUUCGUUAGAAGCAAGACACGUUAGAAACAAAUACAGAUAAAAAGAAAAAACCAGAAAAUAUGUUGAGUAACAUUUUGUAAUUUUUUAUUUUUAGACAUGUUUUUGAAGACUGAUAAAUUGUAAAUUAUUUAAAUGAUACAAUCAUAUUUUAAUUUUGAACUACUUUAAGAUAUUAACAUGUUCAUGUCAAGAUCGUUAUAGCUGUUGGUUUUAUUUGCUUAUGUUCAAUUAAAAACAUUAAAAACCCAUGUAAUAGGUAUACUUCAAACGCUAGUGAACGCAUUUACUAAAGCAUUGUUUAUUUUUAUAAUAUACAAAGAUACAACGAGAUCCUUAGAAAAAAUAGAAUA